AUGCAGCGCGCAGGAGGCCUCGGGGGGGCCCCCCAGGGGCCCCGGAGGCGCGUGGAAAGGCCCGGACUGACUGCAGAUGAAAUAGAAGAAGUCCGCGAGGCCUUUUCCCUCUUCGACACUGACGGCAGCGGAACUGUAGACCCUAAAGAACUCAAAGCCGCCAUGCAAACCCUAGGGUUUGAGUCCAAAAACCCUUCGGUGUUUCAGAUGAUAGCGGAGUUGGACCGGGACGGGGGGGGCCCCGUGGACUUCGAGGAGUUCCUGGACGCCAUCACGGCCAAGCUCGUAAACCCUAAACCCUAA